AUGACCACCGAAACUCAGCAACUAAAUGAAACAGAUAUUGGGAAAGAUGCGAAUUUCCUUAUUAUGGAGUUAAACAAAGGGUUACAAUCUGUUAACUUGGGCGAGCAAUGUAAAGCUAUCGCACAGUUCCCGAAUUUGCUUGAGAAAUAUCCUUUUCCCAUCGUGGUCAAUUCCAUCUUUUUGAAGAUCACACAAAUUUUCUGUGAUGGAACCAACUAUCUUCGACUGUGCGUUCUCCGAGCUUGCAGAACUUGUCAAGCUCAUUUGGAAAAGCUCACUGUUUGUGAUGAUAUUGUGAGAAAACUUCGCCCUUUCACAGAGAGCAACGAUCCUGUCACUCGCGCUCUGACGUUACGUCUGUUCGGCACCCUCUGUCAAAUUACCCGUGAGCAUAUUGGGGUGCAUCAUGCUAUUCUCAAGCAAAUUGAAUCGCAUUAUAUGGUGGAGGCAGACGCUGCUAUUUGGUCUAGUCACCAGCUGGCUCCUAUCUCCAGUGCAUUUGCUGUCAGUCUAUGCCCCAUCCUUUGCAAGUUGUUGGGCAGUCUGUCCACGGAAGUGGAAGUGAAGUUGAAGUUGUUGCGCCUAGGCAAGCAUAUGCAUCACGAUGUGCAAAUUGCGGAACAGAUGCGUAGCUGCCUGGUCGAAAUGCUCACAGUGUAUGGUACAGUUGAAUUUGUCACAAACAUUCUGGACACAUUAACCAUUCUCGAAUCGGCUGCUCCAUUGCAUACAUCGGAACAGUUAGAUCUUUUACUCGGAUAUCUGUCAGACGAAAGGUCCAUUGUCCGUCAGAAAGCACUACGGGACCUUGGAACUUUGGCGCGUAAUGUGCCACAUUACUGGGAUCGGAAGCAUGUGACCAGACUCUGCCUGCAUUAUAUGUCAUCAACUCAAGCUCCUGUCGAACAAGAAGAGGUGUUUCGAGUAUUCUACUAUCUCGCAUGUUCCUCUCAAGCAAUGGACUUGUUUGAAUCUGGUCUAGAAGAUUCAGACUGCGUCAGGGGCGCUCUUCUCACCUUUCAAGCAACACGAGUGACGUUGAAGGCUAUGCAGUUGGCUUGCAAGCUUACUCUACUUCAAACUGCAUCCGACCUACCGUCCGAAUGUGUUCUUCCACCUGGUCAGUUGAUCUGUCUCUUAUUCGCUCAGUUUCUGUCGAAAUCAUCCUCGUGUUCGGAUAAUGCGGAGUCGCCUUCUGAGAAUGGACCCUGGUUUUUGACUUCCACCGAUAUCUCUCCUGAAGAACUUCGGCAUACCUACUCGUUAUUGGUUCAAUUCUUCAGUGCUUUCCCUGAAUACGCACCCAAUCUCUAUAAAUUGAGGCUGACUGACUUCGUCCAAUUAGAUGGUGGUCCUCGUGGCGGCAUUUUGUGCGAAUUUCUCAGCACUCUGAAAACUCGCUUGCCUUCGCUAUUCUGUGAUAAAGCACCAACAUUUCUGGCGCAGCUUUGCAAUCGAGUAUCGGAGAACAAUAACGGUACGAGCGAUGUUGGUUCCAUCCUGUCUGCCAGCGGCCUAUUGUUUCAACUGAGCGAGCGUUCUAUGUUAUCGGCGAAGGAUCAGGAAUCAUUCCUUUUGGCCGUUGCUCACUGCGUUUCGCGACGAGGAGCUUCUUCAUCUCAGCUACCCACGUGGCUCGCCUAUCAGUUGGCUCGACAAGCAAAUCGCUUUGGCCAACAUGAUCUUGCUGCCAGGAUUUACACGAAUCUCGUCCCGUUGACCCUAACGGAACGAACGAACUACUGGCUUGUGGGCUUGUCCGAAUUCAGUCGUGCGGAGGCUCAGCUCAUUACUUUAUGUCGACAUAUCGCGGAGGAAAACGAGAUCACUCACGUUCUGGACUCCAAAUUUCAACUUUGGGUGGAUGAUCUAAUCGAAGGACUUCGUAAUGCAGCUGAUUCUUUGUUGAAAGCCCGCACGUCACUUUUGUGUGUCGGUGGUCCGGACAAUCGCUGGUUCCAAGCGGAAUACGUUGGAAUUCGUAGCAGUCUUUGUUUGAGUCUGGCCGAACUCUGCAUAAGCGCCAACUUUUUCACACACGUAGGUGUGCGGUCAUUUGCUGGCGAGGAGACCACUGGCAACAGCAGUUCACAGCCCACUCCCAAGCCCCUUCAUGGUACUCCUGUUUGGGUAAAACGCCAGUUGUCCAUGUGGUGUGAUCUUGAUGGGCGUCUCGCAUCACUGCGGGCUCAGUGUCUAGACGCCGACCAAACGACACACACACAUUUGAUCGCUAUAAACCAGUUGGUCGGCUUCUUCAUCCGCCUGCUUGAAUCUAUUGAUUCAGUCUACAAAUCUGACAACUGCCAACUUUUGCUUCCUUAUGUUGGCCUACCGGCUCAGUCACCUCGAGCCGACCCUUUCAUUACUGUUUUGCCAGACCUUCACAAAAUUGCACAACUUCAUUCGAAGUCCAGUCCAAACCCGCCAUCCAAAUUUGCUUGGAUACCACUUCUUGUUCUCCGCGUUGCACAGGUGGCCUCACACUGGCCACGAUUUUUCUUUCAGCGACUUCAGACGACAAACGUACGCCUGGUUCUUCUCCCCAAGGCUGGCAGUGGUCCAGACGAUGUGCUGACCAUCAACAAUGAGGUGGGACACAUGGUGCAAGUAAUGGGUGUUGUGCAGCAGCGCAGUCGAUUGCCAAACAAUCAAGUUGCAUGUCGUGUAACGGCAGUCCAAGUUGAACUCACUGUCAUGGAGGCGACUACAGAAGGUCAUAAUCGAUUGAUUCGGCAACAUUGUAGUGGAAAUCGGCCUGAGCUCGUAUUCUUCGCGCAAAGGUCUGCCCAACUCCAGCGUGAUUACUUUCAUUGUGAAUUCUGUGUCCGCUUCCAUGGUCACGCGCAUCCAAAGACUGGCACAUCUCAACAGCAGAGACCACCAGAUAAACUCUACUCCAUCAGAGCGAUUCCGAUACUCUUGGACGCCUCGGGUGCACGCUGGCGCCUCACCCGGGCAUCGGGUGCGCCGAAGGAAACAGCACUUGUUCGCGUGGAAACAUUGCACAGUAAUCAGACUGGCAUCCUCCCUUCCUCCACAAUCCAAAUGGAACAAUCGGAUACCAACACCCCCAUCAGCGCCAGUUAAUCUAUGUACAAUAAGGGAACAGAUUUGUGUUUUCUAUCAUGUAUAUUUUGAUGAACAACCUUUCCCUUGCCCAUCCAUUUCGUUUACUUUCCAUGCCGUAGAGCAGCGUUUUCAAUUUUUGUAUAUUGUAAGGCUUAGACAUAUCACAUGGAAA